AUGGCUAUUCGGAAGCUGACCUACGCCCCAGAGGAAUCAGUUCCUCAACCUUCGGCAGAAAUUGUCAAGGAUUUCAUCAUGAGUCCUGGUACACUUCGUUUGGAGGCCUCUCUUGACAAGGAGAAGUAUUACCAUGGCGAGUAUUUGGCUGUCAAUGUGCUGGUGGAUAACAAUUCUAAUAAAACUGUUAAAAAAGUGAAGAUGUCGGUAAUUCAAAUUGCAGAUAUUAUGCUCUUCAGUCGCGCUGUUUACAAAUGCACUGUUGAUGAGGCGGAGUUUGAGUAA